CAUAAUCUACAAAACAGGUUUACUCUUGUGGAUUCACUGAAUAAUCUACAAAACGGGUUUACUCUUACUGAUUCACUGAAUAAUGUACAAAACAGGUUUACUCUUACUGAUUCACGGAAUAAUCUACAAGACAGGUUUACUCUUACUGAUUCACUGAAUAAUCUACAAAACAGAUUUACUCUUACUGAUUCACUAAAUAAUCUACAAAACAGGUUUACUCUUACUGAUUCACGGAAUAAUCUACAAGACAGGUUUACUCUUACUGAUUCACUGAAUAAUCUACAAAACAGAUUUACUCUUACUGAUUCACUAAAUAAUCUACAAAACAGGUUUACUCUUACUGAUUCACUAAAAAAUCUACAAAACAGGUUUACUCUUACUGAUUCACUGAAUAAUCUACAAGACAGGUUUACUCUUACUGAUUCACUGAAUAAUCUACAAAAAUUUUAG